UCCCGUGACCCGUGCCUCGUGAAACGUAACACCGGCAUAGUCAACGUACGGCGCAUGUGUCGCUGGAAGUCUGGGAACGUUUUUCCGUUCCAUUCGAGACGUAAUCCGUUUCGUUUUACAAAUAUGAUCCCUAUAAGCGAUCUCGACCAAUUAACGAUAUGGUUAUAAGAAUGCAGGGCUACACACGUACGCGAUAAAAAGGAUAAUUCUUAAAGUUGAAAAACCCCAGCCUUUAAAUGUUAUCGCUGAUUUUGAAAGGUACGAUUUGUCGAAAUAAUUUAUGGACCGAACGUGUGGUACCUGUUUUAAGUGAUAUACAAAUUUGUUUAACGAUAAAGCGAUUAAAGCAUAACAAAAUGGUAAAGUACCUAAGUCAAUCGGAAGCAAUCAACGUUGAUAAAGAUCUGUUUGAAAAGUAUAAAUUUAGCGUGGACCAAUUGAUGGAAUUAGCUGGUCAAAGUUGUGCCAUAGCAAUAGCAAAGUCAUAUCCUUUGUUAGAUGCUUUUUCAAAUAGAAUUCUGGUUUGCUGCGGACCAGGAAAUAAUGGUGGCGACGGUUUAGUAUGUGCAAGACAUUUGAAACAUUUUGGUUAUUCUCCCGAGAUUUAUUAUCCAAAAGAAACCGACAAUCAAUUGUAUAAAAAUCUUUUGCAUCAAUGUAAAGAAAAUGAUAUAACUAUUUUGGAAAGUGGAUUUAUAAAAGAUAAAGAUGUCGUUGAACUUUUAAGUGGAUUCAGAGUCAUAGUGGAUGCUGUGUUUGGAUUUAGUUUUAAACCUCCUGUAAGGGAUACUUUUGUUCCUAUUAUGAGGAUAUUGAAAACCGCAUCUAUUCCUAUAUGUAGCAUAGACAUACCUUCAGGGUGGGAUGUCGAAAAUGGUCCAUCUGUAAAAGAUGAUAUAUGUCCAGAAAUGUUGAUAUCCUUAACAGCGCCAAAGAUGUGCGCAUUAAAAUUCAAAGGAAAGUUUCAUUAUCUAGGAGGCAGAUUUGUACCUAAAAAGCUAGCAUCAGCUUAUAAUCUUAAUUUACCAAUGUAUCCAGGGACGGAUUUAAUCGUAUCUCUGUAAUAAUAAAAUAUAUUUGUAAUUUU